UUUCACAUUGGCACAUACAUUUUACAAAUGUAUAAUGCACUUACUGAUAAGACUUUACUGUUAAUGCAAAUAAUGCAAAUAAUAAUAAUAAUAAUAAAACUUAAAAAAAUAAACCAUUCAGCACUAUUGCAUUUUCAUGGAGUCAGAUCAGAAAGAUUGUUUAUAUUCUGUGCAAAUUCAUCAGUGCCGGUUUUUCAGGGGUUUAGAUCAUGUAUGCAAAAGGCUAUUUAGACCCCAGGCAAAAUAUUAUUCACUGAUUUUUCUGAUUACUAGAGUGGACUAUACUUGCUAUGUCAUUAUGACAGGUUGGAGUUGUAGGUCUAAGUCAACAUACCCUGAUCCCUUUGAUUGCCAUGAGUUUAUGUGUAGUAAUACUAAAACAUGAACUUUGAAAGAACAUUUGAAUAUUUGUUGAAUAUUUGGUAUUUUACAUCACACAAUGUUCAGUGCCAGGGCAACCAAGAUAUCAUUUUGAAUGCUCCAAAUUCACUGGAACAAGCAUAAGAACAAAAUCACAAGUGCACACGUGUUGUGAAUUGGGUAGAAAAUGUCCAUGGGAAGUUCUCCUUUGUGCAUAAACAUAAUCCACAAACAUUUAUUAGUGAUUGAGAUGCAUAGAUUGAUUCUGCGCUACAGGACUGAGAUAAUCCUUCUUUCUGUUAAUAUCGCCACCCAUUUGAACCUUGUCCUGACUCAUUUUAAGAUGGUACUUUAACCUGUGUGGUUAGACUGCAUGAGUGUGUUUCUUCAUUGAUCUCCUUCAACUGCCACUGUCCUUCACACCACUGAUAAAAUGGCUAGCUUGUGGUUGCUCUUGGGUCUCUUACUUUCUAGUUCAGCUGAAGCUGGGAAACUGUUGGUUAUACCAUCAGAUGGCAGUCACUGGUUGGGGAUGAAGCCUAUUGUGGAGGAGCUGGGGAGGAGAGGAAACCAGGUGGUGGUUGUCAUCCCAGAGGCGAGUCUGAGCAUGGGUCCUUCAGAGCAUACCACCACUCUGACAUAUGCAGUGAACUACACCACGGCUGAAUUAAAAGCGAGCAUAGCAGAUGAAUUCAACACCAUUCUGAGCAUUGAUAUCUCUACAGACCUAGCCAAGUUUCAGGCAUUCAUUAUCUCACUGGAUGUUCUGCCCAUGUUUAUAUUGAGGAAUGCAGAGGGUUUGCUCUUCAACAAAGACUUGAUGAAGAAACUGCAAGAGUACAACUUUGAUGCGAUUCUCACAGAUCCAUUUGAGCCUGUUGGAGCUAUAGCUGGUGAAUAUCUCUCCAUUCCAGCUGUUUAUAUGCUAAUAAACCAUCCUUGUGGUGUCGAUACUCUUUCCAGUCAAUGUCCAGCACCAGCUUCUUAUGUUCCACAGCCUUUAACUCAUUUUACUGACCGCAUGAAUCUCUGGCAAAGAAGUGUGAACCUGGUGAGGACUCUUCUUCAGCCCAUGGCUUGUGAGCGAAUGUUUGCUCAUGCAGAUGAGAUCGCUUCACAUGUACUUCAGAGAAAAACAUCGAUGGUGGAGAUCAUGAGCCAUGCAGCUCUCUGGUUUUUGCGUUUUGACUUUGCUGUGGAAUUCCCACGUCCAGUGAUGCCUAACAUGGUGAUGAUUGGAGCAACAGUUAGCCAGAAACCCAAACCUCUGUCACAAGAGCUGGAGGAGUUUGUCAACGGUUCUGGAGAGCAUGGGUUUGUGGUCUUCACUCUGGGCUCCAUGGUGUCCCAGUUACCCGAGGCCAAAGCCAGAGAGUUCUUUGAGGCAUUCAGGCAGAUACCUCAGAGGGUGCUAUGGAGGUACACUGGACCAGUCCCUGAAAAUGCUCCAAAGAAUGUCAAACUUAUGAAGUGGCUGCCACAAAACGAUCUCUUGGGCCAUCCUAAGGUUAAGGCUUUCAUUACACAUGGUGGAUCACAUGGAAUCUAUGAAGGAAUCUAUAAUGGGGUGCCAAUGGUGAUGCUUCCUCUGUUUGGUGACCAAGGGGAUAACGUUCAACGCUUAGUGUCUCGAGGAGUUGCAGAAACCCUGAGUAUCCAUGAUCUGACCGCAGAAAAACUGCUGGUUGCAUUGAGAAAGGUCAUCAGUGAUAAAAGCUACAAGGACAAGAUGACCGAGCUUUCAGCUAUUCAUAGAGACCGUCCCAUUGAGCCUUUGGACCUGGCUGUGUUCUGGACUGAGUUUGUUAUGAGACACAAAGGGGCAGCGCAUCUUAGACCUGCAGCCCAUGAGCUGAACUGGAUUCAGUAUCAUUCUCUGGACGUCAUUGGCUUUCUCCUUCUCAUUCUAGUGACAAUUAUUUUUGUGACUGUCAAAAGCUGCAUGUUCUGUUUCAGGAAGUGUUUCAAGAAAACUCAGAAAAAGAAGAAGGAGUAAAUUUUUCAAGUCAUCAUUUUGCAAUGUCUGUUUCUGUGGGGUGAUUGUUUAGAGACUUGUUUAAUCUGUGAUUUUAUAAACUGCAUACCUCUAUUCCCUGGGUCAGUGACUUUAAUAAAGCCUCACAAAACCUGAACGUGUCAGGUAAACAUUUA